AUGGACUCCUCGACUCCAAGAAUUUUUCAUACAUGGUCCACCAUCGGUUCCAGAGAGGAAGAAGAAGAAGAAGAAGAAGGGAAAGAAGGGAAAGCAGUGGGUAACGAAGGAUCCCUCCCUAACCCUGAAAAAGCGUCCUGGCUGGCUGGCUGCGUGCGCGGCGCCAGCCAAGAAAAAAACAAGAAUUGCCCAAGGACGGGAGGGAUCGACUCCACCGCAAACGUCGAUGGGGUAUCCCUGUGUCCCUGGGCAAAGCAGCCAAUGAUGGGCACCUUCUUUCGCCCAAGGGGCAGGGAUUUCUCGAGAGGUAGGCCCCGCCAAGAUCCGGUCCCGCAGCGAGGAAUCUGGGGUUCCGUUGGGUGGGGACUGGACUUCAACACUGCAGCAGUCCAGCGGUAA